UGCGCAUGCGUGACGCGAGAGCAGGGGCCGGGGUCACGUGAAUCGAGUGUCUGGGUCCGGAAUGGCUGCAAGCUGAGAGAUCAUCAUUCAAAUCAUUGUGAUCUAAGGCCAAAAACAAGAUAAAACACGUGCUUCGGUUGAUUGAGUACAAUUAUUAAAAGCAAAAAUGGAAAAUGAACCGGAACAAGAUAGUGUGGAACAGAAUCUCUGUGUCAAGACUGCUACUGAAGAAGAACCGAAUAAGUCUUUCAAUCUAGAAGCUUCACUUUCAAAAUUCUCUUACAUUGAUCUGGACAAGGAGCUGGAGUUCAGAAAUGAUUUGAUUGAUGACAAGGAGUUUGAUAUUCCUCAAGUUGAUACUCCUCCAACACUGGAAAGCAUACUAAAUGAAACUGAUGAUGAAGAUGAGUCUUUUGUUCUCGAGGAUCCUACGUUGUUAAACAUUGAUACCAUUGACUCACACUCCUAUGAUACUUCGUCUGUGGCAAGCUCAGAUAGUGGUGACAGGACCAACCUAAAAAGGAAGAAGAAAUUACCUGAUUCUUUUUCACUCCAUGGCUCAGUUAUGCGGCAUUCACUUCUGAAGGGAAUUUCUGCCCAGAUAGUAUCUGCAGCUGACAAAGUAGAUGCUGGCUUGCCUACAGCAAUUGCAGUCUCCAGUCUGAUAGCAGUGGGUACAUCUCAUGGAUUGGCUUUAAUAUUUGGAAAAGAUCAGAAUCAAGCAUUGCGACUCUGUCUGGGGAGCACUAGUGUUGGAGGUCAGUAUGGAGCCAUCUCUGCUCUCAGUAUCAACAAUGACUGCUCAAGACUGCUCUGUGGCUUUGCUAAAGGACAGAUUACCAUGUGGGAUUUGGCCAGUGGAAAACUUCUCAGAUCAAUAACAGAUGCUCAUCCUCCAGGAACAGCAAUAUUGCACAUCAAGUUUACAGAUGAUCCAACUCUUGCAAUUUGCAAUGACAGCGGAGGCUCUGUUUUUGAAUUGACAUUUAAGAGAGUGAUGGGAGUGAGAACUUGUGAAUCUAGAUGUCUGUUCAGUGGUUCCAAGGGAGAAGUUUGCUGUAUUGAGCCUCUACAUUCUAAGCCUGAAUUGAAAGAUCAUCCCAUCACGCAGUUUUCAUUAUUGGCCAUGGCAUCCUUAACAAAGAUACUGGUCAUUGGAUUGAAACCAUCCUUGAAAGUGUGGAUGACUUUUCCCUAUGGACGUAUGGAUCCUUCCAGUGUUCCAUUGCUGGCCUGGCAUUUUGUAGCAGUGCAUAAUUAUGUGAACCCCAUGCUUGCUUUCUGCAGAGGAGAUGUUGUUCAUUUUCUUUUGGUUAAGAGAGAUGAAUCUGGAGCAAUACAUGUUACUAAGCAAAAGUAUCUUCACCUGUACUAUGAUCUCAUCAACUUUACUUGGAUAAACUCACGCACAGUUGUGCUCUUAGACAGUGUGGAGAAGCUGCAUGUGAUUGACUGGCAGACACAAGAGGAAUUAGAAACUGUGGAGAUCUCAGAAGUUCAGUUGGUUUAUAAUAGCAGCCAUUUCAAGUCACUCGCCACUGGAGGAAAUGUUAGCCAGGCACUGGCUUUGGUUGGAGAGAAGGCUUGUUACCAAUCCAUCAGUAGCUGUGGCGGUCAGAUCUUUUAUCUGGGGACGAAAUCUGUUUAUGUGAUGAUGCUGAGAAGCUGGAGAGAGAGAGUGGAUCAUCUCUUGAAACAAGAUUGCCUCACAGAAGCCUUGGCCCUUGCAUGGUCUUUCCAUGAAGGAAAAGCAAAAGCAGUAGUGGGAUUAUCAGGGGAUGUCAGUAAGCGAAAGGCUGUUGUUGCAGAUCGGAUGGUAGAAAUCCUGUUCCAUUAUGCAGAUCGUGCUCUGAAAAAGUGCCCAGAACAGGGAAAAAUCCAAGUGAUGGAGCAACAUUUUCAGGAUACGGUGCCUGUCAUAGUUGAUUACUGCCUUCUCCUGCAGAGAAAGGAUCUUUUAUUUAGCCAAAUGUAUGCUAAGUUAAGUGAGAAUUCGGUGGCCAAAGGAGUGGUUUUGGAGUGUCUUGAACCAUAUAUUUUAAGUGAUAAAUUGGUGGGGAUCACACCCCAAGUAAUGAAAGACUUGAUUGUUCAUUUCCAAGAUAAAAAGUUGAUGGAAAAUGUGGAAGCCCUCAUUGUACACAUGGAUAUCACCAGCCUCGAUAUUCAGCAGAUAGUUCUCAUGUGUUGGGAAAAUCGACUAUAUGAUGCUAUGAUUUAUGUCUACAAUAGAGGCAUGAAUGAAUUCAUUAGUCCAAUGGAGAAACUUUUCAAAGUCAUUGCUCCUCCUCUGAAUGCAGGAAAAACACUAACAGAUGAGCAAGUUGUUAUGGGCAACAAGCUUCUUGUAUAUAUUAGCUGUUGUCUGGCAGGCCGUGCCUAUCCCCUUGGUGACAUCCCUGAAGAUCUUGUUCCCUUGGUUAAAAACCAGGUUUUUGAAUUUCUGAUUCGUCUGCAUUCAGCAGAAGCAUCCCCCGAGGAAGAAAUCUAUCCUUAUGUUCGGACUUUACUGCAUUUUGACACAAGAGAAUUCCUAAAUGUGUUGGCCUUGACCUUUGAAGAUUUUAAAAAUGAUAAGCAAGCUGUGGAAUAUCAACAGCGAAUUGUGGAUAUUUUGUUGAAAGUUAUGGUGGAGAAUUCAGAUUUUACUCCCUCACAAGUAGGGUGUCUCUUUACUUUCCUUGCUCGGCAACUUGCAAAACCUGACAAUACUUUGUUUGUGAACAGAACACUGUUUGAUCAGGUGCUUGAAUUCCUGUGUAGCCCUGAUGAUGACUCUCGACACUCUGAAAGACAGCAGGUCCUUUUAGAAUUGCUGCAGGCUGGUGGCAUAGUUCAAUUUGAAGAAAGUGGUCUCAUUCGUAUGGCAGAAAAGGCCGAGUUCUAUCAAAUUUGUGAAUUUAUGUAUGAACGAGAACACCAAUAUGACAAAAUUAUUGAUUGCUACUUGCGUGACCCACUGAGACAGGAAGAAGUCUUUAAUUACAUUCACAACAUCUUAUCCAUUCCUGGCCACAGUGCUGAGGAGAAACAGUCUGUGUGGCACAAAGCAAUGGAUCAUAUUGAGGAGCUUGUAUCCCUGAAGCCCUGUAAAGCUGCAGAGCUGGUUGCUACACACUUUUCUGAACAGAUUGAAACAGUCAUUAAAAAACUUCAGAACCAGGUAUUGCUUUUUAAAUUCUUGAGGAGUCUUCUUGACCCAAGGGAAGGUAUUCAUGUAAAUCAGGAAUCGCUGCAAGUAUCUCCCAGUAUGACAGAGCAGUUCAUUGAGCUCUUAUGUCAGUUCAGUCCAAACCAAGUUAUAGAGACACUGCAAGUCCUUGAGUGCUAUCGACUAGAAGAAACUAUUCAGAUUACUCAAAAGUAUCAGCUCCAUGAAGUCACUGCCUAUCUAUUGGAAAAGAAAGGAGAUAUUCCUGGUGCCUUCUCAAUAAUGCUAAAGAGACUGCAGAGCAAGCUUCAAGAGAUAACACAUCAAGCUGAAAAUACCAAAGAGGAUUCCUUACUGAAUGAAGUUGAAGAUACCACGGUAGAGACAAUUGCUCUUUGCCAGAGAAAUUCUCAUAAUUUGAACCAGCAGCAACGAGAGGCACUCUGGUUUCCAUUAUUGGAGGCCAUGAUGGCCCCUCAGAAGCUGUCUGGGGCAGCUGCACCUCACAUGCACUCUGAAGCUCUGAAAUCUUUGACUAUGCAAGUUCUAAACAGCAUGGCGGCAUUUAUUGCUCUACCAUCAAUCUUGCAAAGAAUCUUACAGGAUCCAGUUUAUGGGAAAGGAAAACUUGGAGAAAUCCAGGGCCUUAUUCUGGGAAUGUUAGAUACCUUUAACUAUGAACAGACCCUGCUAGAAACAACAACCAGCCUUCUCAACCAAGAUCUCCAUUGGUCAUUGUGUAACCUAAGAGCUUCUGUCUCACGAGGACUGAAUCCCAAACAGGAUUAUUGCUCUAUAUGUUUGCAACAGUACAAGCGACGCCAAGAAAUGGCGGAUGAAAUUAUUGUCUUUAGCUGUGGCCAUUUGUAUCAUUCAUUCUGUCUGCAAAGCAAAGAAUGCACUGUAGAAAUUGAGGGCCAAGCAAGAUGGACAUGCUACAAAUGCAGCUCAAGUAACAAAGUAGGAAAACUAAGUGAAAAUUCAUCGGAAAUUAAAAGAGGAAGAAUAACUCCAUCACAGGUAAAACUGUCUCCAUCCUGCCAUCCAUCCAAAGGGGAUCCUGCUUCUAAGAAGGACCCAGUGAGAAACGCAGCCGCUGUCCCCAAGGCACGGACUGAGCCCUGUCACUCGAGUACAGACAGCACCAGCAGGGAACACGUUGGGCAGGCAACCUCAGAACCUGUUCUGGAUCCACAGCAAACCCAGGCAUUUGAGCAGCUGUGCCGACUGUACCGAGGAAGUUCCCGGCUGGCGCUCCUGACAGAACUCUCCCAGAACCGAAGCAGUGACAGCUACCGGCCCUUCAGCGGCUCCCAGAGUGGCCCCGCUUUCAGCAGCGUCUUCCAGAACGAGAACUUCCAGCUGCGGCUCGCGCCCCCGCCUGUGACCGAGGACUGACGCAGCCCCUCUGCCGACCCAGGUCCCUCGCCGCCCUCCGCUGCGCCCCGUCUCUUCCUCGGUGCGGCCAGCUUCUGCCCACCCUGCUGGCUGCUGUUUCCCUUGGAACCUCGUGCCUCCGCUCUUUGGGAAGGACAUUUGCCCUGUGGGCUUUCUCUGUCCCACGGAAUCCUGGAGAGUGAGCAGGGCUCCUCCGACGGCGGCAUUCUGGGUGGGUGAGCUGGGCCAGUCCAGGGUGGGCCUGGGGUGGGGGCUCCCCCGAG